GCGCCCCUAAGAGCCGGCCGGCCAGCAUGGAUCUUCUGCUCCUGCAUACCCGCCGCUCCAAUUCUGACCUCCGUCCCAGCUCAGGCCGCCAGCCGCCUCGUGCUCCCAACAAAAAUGAGAAUGAGGAACCCGAGCACACCUACUCUGAAGUUUGCCGCCGCUCCUCUCCCACAUCCCACCCGCCAGAUGAUGGCCUGUACGAGAGUGUUGGGAUCAAAGGGGCGGGGCCUGAUAAAGCUGCCCCACCUGAUGCCCCUGCCCCGACGUCAACCAACACGCCCGCUCAGCGCUGUGCCCACAGCCCGACGCUCAAUGGGAACGGCCGAGAUGGAAGCAGAGGAGGCGUGAACGGUGUGAGUCAAGACGAAGUGACGGCAGAGUACGCCUCCAUACGGAAGGUGAAGAAGCUGGAGCGCGGCAGGAGGGAGGAAGUGGUGGAGGAUGGAGAAAGGGAGCACCAGAGCGUGUCCAGCAGCGAGUCCUCCAGCAGCACUUUGCCUAAGAAAACAGUGGAACCGUUUCACCUACCCAAUUUCCCAAAGGAGGCGGUCUUCAUGGGCAACGGAGAGCAGUACAUUUGGAAACCACCAGAAGAGGAUGAGAUGAUCAUGCCAGGGGUUCCUCAGCUGGAGAACGGACACAGCCAUCCCACCGCCGUGGAG